GCCUGAGCACGCGCCGAGCUCCACGGGGCAGUUUCGAGAAGGGAUUCGUUCCGACUACCUGGGCGACGCGUAGCUCCGGUAACUAUUAGGAAGUUCGAAUUUGUAUGCACAUGUAAAACACAAUGAGUGGAAGAGCCCGUUCGCGAGCCCGUGGCAGGGAUCGCUUCCCUGAAUUAAGUUCACACCCUCUUGCCCCAGUGCCGGCACCUUCUGCACUCGUUCCCUCAACUUCAAUCAGCGAAGUGAAGCCUGAACUCCUCGGUCGUGGUCGACAGCGAGGGCAGCCUGGAGGACCCGGGUCCAAAGAUGUUGAGGUGAUAUCUGCUGGAUUUAAAGAAAUGUCUUUAAUGGAAAGAGGUGGUCGGCGGCGAGAUUUUCACGACCUUGGAGUUAACACUAGAAUGGCUAUGGAACAUGUCAAGGAUUCCAAAGCAGGUGUUACUGGGAGCGUGAUACGUCUGAUAACAAACUACAUUCGUCUAAAUUCUCGCCCCCAGUGGGUUCUAUAUCAAUACCAUGUGGAUUAUAACCCUGAGAUGGAGUCACGGCGUCUGCGAACUGUACUGUUGUUUAUGCAUGACAAAAUUCUUGGCAGAACUCGUGUUUUUGAUGGUACUCUAUUAUUCCUUCCUAAAAGACUGGAAUCAAAAGUCACUGAACUAUUCAGCCAAACACGUGAUGGUAAAAAUGUCAAGGUAACGAUUACCUUGACCAGUGAAUUACCCCCAACCUCUCCAACAUGCCUUCAGUUUUAUAACAUUGUGUUCAGGAGACUUUUAAAGAUAAUGUCCUUGCAGCAAAUUGGUCGAAAUUACUACAAUCCUAAGGAUCCGAUCAUGAUUCCACAGCACAGAAUCAUGGUUUGGCCAGGAUACACCACUUCGAUUCUGCAGUACGAGAACAGUGUUAUGCUCUGUUUAGAUGUUAGUCACAAGGUUCUGCGCAGUGAAACUGUACAUGAUAUCAUGCAUCAGCUAUAUUCACAGUUUGGUGAGCGUCACUUUCAGGAGGCAUGCUGCAAAGAACUGGUUGGAGUCAUAGUUCUAACAAGGUACAAUAACAAGACUUACCGAAUUGAUGACAUUGAUUGGGUUCAGAGUCCCAGGAGCACAUUUAGAAAGAUGGAUGGAACUCAAAUCAGCUACAUUGAUUACUACAAAGAGCAAUACAGCCUGGAUAUCGUUGAUGUGGAUCAGCCAGUGCUUGUUAGUCAGCCCAGGAGACAGGGACCUCAAGGUGCCACUGUGGGGCUCAUCUGCCUCAUUCCAGAAUUAUGCUAUCUUACAGGUUUGACAGAUAAAAUGCGUUCGGAUUUCAACAUUAUGAGAGACCUGUCAGCACACACAAGGUUAACACCAGAACUGAGAGAGCAGGAAUUGUGGCGUUUCCUGGAUCAAAUUCAAAAGGAUGAUGAUGUACAGAAAGAACUAUCAGUUUGGGGUUUCCAGUUCGAUUCAAAACUGCAUUCCCUGUCUGGCCGAGUUUUGCCUUCAGAGAAGAUUCAGCAAGGUGGAAAAAUGUUUGAAUAUGUUCCCCAAGUUGCAGAGUGGUCCAGAGAAACCAGAGGCUGUCACCUGAUCAACCCAAUUCCUCUAGAAAAUUGGAUUUUGGUUUUUACCCGAAAAAACUGCGAUGUGGCUAGGAAUCUUCUCCAGACUUUGGGGAAAGUAGUGAAGGCAAUGGGCAUUAGCAUGGACAAGCCAUUAAUGAUUGAAGUGGAUGAUCGCAGUGAGGCAUUUUUGAAGGCAUUGCAGGCUAAUGUUACUCGGUCUACAAAAAUGGUGGUCUGUGUCCUUCCGUCUAACCGCAAAGACAAGUACGACACUAUCAAGAAAUACUUGUGUGUUGAAUGCCCCACUCCGAGUCAGUGUGUUGUCGCUCGCACUCUAAGCAAGCCUCAGGCCUUGAUGGCCAUUACCACAAAAAUAGCUUUACAGAUAAAUUGUAAAAUGGGUGGUGAACUGUGGAGUGUUGAGAUACCUCUCAAACAGCUGAUGGUGAUCGGUAUUGACUGUUACCAUGAUAAUGCUGCCGGAAGAAGGUCAAUUGCAGGAUUUGUUGCCAGUCUUAAUCAAUCAAUAACCAGAUGGUUUUCUCGCUGUAUCGUACAAGACCGGGGACAAGAACUUGUGGAUGGAUUAAAAACCUGCUUCCAAGCUGCUUUAAAGGCAUGGCACGCAUACAAUAAGUGCCUACCCAGUCGAAUCAUCGUGUACCGUGAUGGGGUUGGUGACGGGCAGCUCAACAUGGUGGUAAAUUAUGAGGUUCCACAAUUUCUGGACUAUUUGAAAUGCAUGACUGACUACAGACCCAAAUUAUCAGUGAUUGUUGUGAAAAAGCGUGUCGGUGCCAGAUUUUUUUCACAGUCUGGUGGCAGAUUACAGAACCCACCGCCUGGUACUGUCAUUGAUACAGACGUCACAAGACCAGAAUGGUAUGACUUCUAUAUAGUUAGCCAGUCGGUGAAGGUUGGUACUGUCACACCAACACACUAUAAUGUGGUACUUGACAACAGUAACUUGAAACCAGAUUACAUGCAGCGGCUAACUUACAAGUUGUGCCACGUGUAUUACAAUUGGCCGGGUGUGAUCCGUGUGCCUGCCCCUUGCCAAUAUGCCCAUAAACUGGCAUUCUUAGUGGGACAGAGUAUUCAUCGAGAACCCAAUCUGGCAUUAGCUGACCGUCUUUAUUACCUAUGAUUAGAACAACUGAUCAAGUUUCUAGACAUGAACUCCAAUAAGAAAAAGUAGCACUCAUCAGGAACACACUUCUGAGACCAGAAUAAUAUCAAAAUACUUAAAACUGUCUAAGUUUGUAUACCAUCUAUCUUUAUAUUAAUUUAUUAACACCCUUGUGCCAACUCAAGUUCAACAUUUGUGGCAGCAUUUCUCAAAUCACCAGGUUGGUACUUGCCUGAGUGGCUUUGUAUGGCAGCAGAACGGCCCAGCCAUAGGGGGUUCUUCACAUUACUGAGUCAGCAUCCACCACACUGCUUCAUAAAUACGAGAAAAUCGGCAGAUGCUGGAAAUCCAAAACAACGCACACAAUGCUAGAGAAACUCAGCAGGCCAGGCAGCAUCUAUGGCAAAAGAGUAAACAGUUGACUUUUUGUUCAAGAUGUGUCAUCAGGAUUGUUCAGUCCUGAAGAAGGAUAUUAGCCUGAAACGUCACCUGGUUACUCUUUUAGAUAGAUGCUGUCUGGCCUGCUGAGUUCUUCCAGCAAUUUCUAUGUGGUUCUUUUUCAGCAGCAUGGUAGUGUAGUGAUCAUCACAGUGCUUUACAGUACAGGUGACCCAGGUUCAUUUUACAUCGCUGUCUGGAAGGAGUCUGUACAUUUUCCUUGUGGCCACUCGGGAUUCCUCCGGGUGCUCGUGUUUCUUCCUGCAGUCCAAAGAUGUACUGGUUGGUAGGUUAAUUGGUGAUUGUAAAUUGUCCUGUGAUUAGGCUGGGGUUAAGUCGAGGGAUUGCUGGGCGGCACGGCUCAAAGGGCUGGAAGGGCCUAUUCCAUGCUGUAUCUCAAUAAAUAAAUCAGUGCUCGGAACGAUUUUCCCUUUAUAGGCAGUGACGUGCUGCCCUACUGUUGUCACUGAGCUUUUGCUCAGCAGUUAGACAUGGUUUUAACUGAUCCUAAGUUGUAGUGAUUUCAUUUCUAUUCUGCCAAUUUGGAUCUGAUACCUUGAAUGAUCUUUGCAUUUGUUGAUGUUGUAAUCACGAGAAUCCUUUCUGACCCUAGACUUCAGCCUCAUCCUUACCAACCAAGGCCUGUUGCUUGAUCCACAGCCCAAUUAAUUGCAAAUUUCCAUACCCUUAAAGUUUAGAGUCCUAAUGAAGUUUCUUGUCUCAGAUCCCUUAUUAAGACUGAAAUUGAUCUCUUUGCAUAUGUUGUCGGUUCUCCUCUCGAUCUCGGUCAGUUCCCUCUCUCAAUAUUGAAUUGUUUAAUGAGCUGGCCUCUCAUUCUUGCACAAACUCCAAUGCACAUGUUCAGUUCUUCUUCAUAGUCCUAGGGCGCACCUCACCCACCCCCCCCCCCAAUUCUACAGAUACCAAUUUAGUGAUUAAUUCUCUAAUUCCCUUUAUUUCAGACAACAGUUAGUGAUCAAUUCUCUAAUCCCUGUCAUUCCAGAUACAGAUCACGUGAUCAGUGAAUCUACACUUUGUAAGCCAAGUGUGUUUUUGGUUUGAAGGUAAACUAUACACACUGCUAUAAGUGUAGACUGCAUAAUUGCAGCAAAAUUUUGUUGUGUGUGUUCCUCUGGAUUUCCAGCGUUUGCAGAAUCCUUUUGCGUUUCAGUUUCUUAUACACUUGCAGUGUACAGAUUCAAAUAAAAGCACCUGCAAUGUAAAAAAAUAUUGCUGAUAAACCUAACAAUGGUUGUACCUCCUAAGUGGCUUGGCUGCCAGAAGCUAGCUACCAAUUGUGUGGUUACAUUUGGGCAUUUGCUGGUCUGUACAUUCCUUCUCUAGUGAUCUAGUGAAGGUAACAGACUGGUGCAAGGAUCUCUGUUGUUCUACUCCAUAACGUGAUGCACCGAGUCCCAGCACAUCCCCUCAAUCAAAUAAUUCUCUUGUGCCGUUUUGAUAGUGGAGGUGGAUUGUCACUUUGUGUUGUACUAAUUACUGGAAUUAGUUAUUUUUUUCUUAGUAUUUUGUUCAAAAGUGCUUUAGAAUUACUUCAGCUUUUUGGUUAAUUUUUGGUUUCUCAACCAUGGGAUAUUACUAUGUUUUGAUUUAAUUUAGAUUGUAUUUGGUUAUUAAAGUAUGGCUUUUGCAAAUGUGCCUAUUUAAAUGUAAAUGUUGGGGAUACCAAGUGCAGUCACCAUUUUUGGCAAUUUUUGAUGGUUAAGGGGAAGGACCAGUGCUGGGUGGCUGUCAGGGGUUCCCAACAUAGGGCCCAUAAACCUCUCGGUUAAUGGUAAGAAUCCAUGGCAUAAAAAAGGUUGGGGACCCCUGCAAGUAUUUGUUUUGGAUUAUCAUUUUGUUAAGGUUCAACAGGGGCACAAUUGUCAAAUGUGAAUUUAUAUGUCUAAACACUGUAGGAAAAUGAAGAACUUUACAUUUUCAACUGCAGUUAUCAAUGUAUUAGGUUCCUUUAGGGAAUUAGUUGUGUAUUGGCUGAAGUAAGCAGUUGGGAAAUGGCCACAUUCUGUAGAUCGAUCACAUCUGGGAAUUACGUUUCCAUAAACUAACUUAACCUUGAGGCACUCAGUGUACAAAUGGACCCAGUUUGCUGACACCCAAAUUUCUAUCACUUAAUUAUAUGAAUGUAUCUGGUGCUGUAGUUUAUUGGGGCUUUGCGCACUUCCAACUCAUAUUAUGAUGGAGUCACAAGAGAUUAUGCAGCAGCGGGGAUCUCUAUCAGUCAGCACCUGUGAAAGGAUUGGGCAGUUGACAUUUUGGGUCCAGAUCUUUCAUCUGGUUUCAUCAGUCCUGCCUAGCCUGUUGGGUUUAAAUUAUUUUGUAUAAAAUUAAAUUCUGUGCUGAAUGCAGAUCAAUUAGUUGUUUUUUUUUAAGGAGUGGAUUGAGAGAUAUCUUAAAAGAAUCCACUGCUUCCUUUGGUUAUUGUAUGUUGAAGUGACACAGAGCGCCUCGGUGAAAUCAGCCAAAUGAUUUGAAGGUACCUACUGGCUGCUCUGCCUCUUCACUGGAAUGGUUUAGAUUGGCACUGAUGCCUUUUUUGUCCUUACUGGAUCACACUUUCUACUGGAAUGAGUAAUGCCAGAUGUCUAAUAAUGGUCGA